AUGCACCAGUCGGCAGGAUCCUCGCUAAUGGAGGAAAUCAUUUUGCAACCGGAGGAUGUGGAAAAGACCCUGGUGAGUUUAGAUUGGGGAAAAGCGGCGGAACCGAACGAAAUCCACCCGACACUGCUUGGGCCUCUAGGGCGUAUCUUGGCUGCCCCGUUAGCUCGCCUGUUCAAUCUGUCCAUGGCAAAUCUCCUAACUACUUCAGCCAAGCGGUGUGCUCAACAGAAGGGGACACAACAGGAAGUUCGACAAGCCUCGGGCGCUCAAACGCCUGAGAGCCACCUUUUUCUCGCACCGGGUAAUUAUUACAUGGAACAAACUGCCGCAGGAGGCAGUGGCGUCAAAAGCCAUUGUCGAAUUCAAGCUUGA